ACGUGAGCAUGGGGACUCGGAUUCCACAGUUUGAUGGGAUCCUGCUGAAUACAUGGCAAGAUUUGGAUUCUACAACACUGAAAGCUUUCAAGGAAAAUGAAAUCUGGAGGUCAAUUGUGAAGAUCCCGGUUCAUCCCAUUGGCCCACUGAGGAGACCGGUCCAACCAGAGGGUUCAAAGAGUGCAGUAAUAGAAUGGCUAGACAAGCAAACUAAUGAAUCAGUAAUAUUUGUUUCAUUCGGAAGUGGUGGAAUGCUGUCGGCUCAGCAAAUUACAGAGCUGGCUUUUGGUUUAGAAUUGAGUGAACAGAAAUUUAUUUGGGUGGUGCGCCCGCCUACGGUAGGUGCUGCCGACGACGCAUUUUUCACCUCGAAAACCGUCGGCUCUGAUGGUACUCCGUGCUACUUACCAGAAGGAUUUUCUACCCGCACAGGCAAUUUUGGACUAGUGGUCCCAAUGUGGGCUCAACAGGCAGAGAUUCUCAAUCACCCGUCGGUGGGAGGAUUUAUGUCACACUGUGGAUGGAACUCGACUCUUGAGAGCAUUCGCGGUGGGGUACCAAUAAUUGCUUGGCCGCUUUACGCAGAGCAAAGACUCAACGCCACGUAUCUUGUGGAGGAGCUAGGGAUCGCCGUCCGACCGCUGGUGUUGCCCACCAAAAAAGUGGUAGCGCGAGAAGAAAUAGAGAAAAUGGUGAGGACACUGAUGGACGACGAAGGCGGCAAGAAAAUGAGAGAAAAUGUGAAAAAACUGAAAAUCAGUGCGGAAAAUGCUCUAAGCAAAGGAGGCUCAUCGUACAAUUCAUUGUCGGAGAUGCUCAAACAUGUUGCUGACAAACUUAAAGCCUAAGAACAUUGUUAGCUUACUAUUAACAAUGCUGUGAUCCAUUCUCGAUGUGUAAUAAGUGUGUUAACAAUAACGGGGAAAAACUUGGCAACAGGCAAUGCAUGGAUAGUGAUUGUUCACUAGUAUACAUGUACGGGCAUUCCCCAGUUUCUUUGUUUGUUUUGGCUUAAUCCAUAGUGGACGUUCUUUUCGGAAGUUUCUCUUUGUUAAUCUUUAGGAUUGCAAUAUGAAAAACGUACUUGCAU